UAGUUUAAAGUUUUUGGGCUCUGAUUGGUCAAAGUAAGUCCAAAUAUCAAGCAGGUUUCCAAGAGAAAUAACAGUGGGAGGUUUAUGAUUAUUAUUAUUCCUGCUUUCAGGACCCUCAGAGUCACAUUCAGCUCUGCCUGCAGUGCAGAGAGCGUUUACUCCACUUACACUUAACGUUAACAUUCAGCCAAACAGGUUAAGUACAGAAUUACACUUGCUGAACAGGACAUCACUGGCAUCACUGGAGAUUGGGGACUUUCAAUAAUGAGCUGGGAUAUACAUCAUCUUCAGUGGAGGUGAAACCACUUUGAGUUCCCAUGAUGGCUCCCUCCAGCAGCUUGGCCCUGCUGCUGCUCCUCAGCUGCCUAUCAACCGGUCUGGGCUGUUUCUGCGACCGAUACUCCUGGAGCUCCUGGUCUGCCUGCUCCAGCACCUGCAACCAUGGCACACAGAGCAGAGCGAGGCAGUUUCGGCAUGACGAAUAUUUCUGGAAGAGCAGCUGCUUUCAGUUAUGUCAGCAAUACGACAGCAGAGCUUGCAACCAGCACGCCUGUCCAAUCAACUGCCUGCUCACUGAUUUUGGGCCGUGGUCCGACUGCUCGCCCUGUGCCAAGAAACAGUUUCGGACCCGGUCUGUCGAGAGGCCGGCUCAGUUCGGUGGAUCCGACUGCAGCCCCGAGCUGACAGAGGAGAGGCAAUGCUAUCCAUCCACAGAGUGCAGGAUAGAGUCUGUCAACUGCAGGGACAACUUCAAGUGUGAUAACGGGCGCUGCAUUAACUCGACACUGACGUGCAACAGACAGAACGACUGCGGGGAUAACUCCGAUGAGAGGGACUGUGGCGAGUUCACUGUUGUGUGUCCUGUAGAGAAGAGAGUGGCUCCAGGGUCUGACCUGGUGGGGAACGGGUUUGAUGUUCUCGCCCAGGAACCGAGGGGAGCAGUGCUGGACAACAUGUUCAUGGGAGGAACCUGCGUCAUUGAGAGGCCUCCAAGCACAUUACUCUACCACCGAGUUCCUUACAACUUUAAAACUUUGAAGAUCAAGGUUGGAGAGCCAGAGGACUUCAACACUGAGCCUCAGCCGCUGCACGCCGAGUCCAUCGAUUUGAAGACCUCCCAAACGACGCCUGGCAGCAGCACGCAAUCUCAAGGCUUGUUUUUCUUCCCGAUCUUUUUCUUCAGUGCAUCGUCUAAGUCGCACUCCGAUUCUAAAAGCGAAGCUUUUGAAGCUUCAAAGAAGAAGGACUCCAAGUUUAUCAGAGUGAACCAAGUCCUUCCUGUGUCAACAUUCAAGAUUCGGGACCCGGGGGACCUCGUCCUGUCACAGCCCUUCUUACAGUUCCUCCACGCCCUUCCUCUCGACUACAACUACGCACUCUACAGGGAAAUCUUUCAGCGCUUCGGGACACACUACUACAGCUCAGGGACAUUGGGAGGCCACUAUGAUCUGCUGUACCAGUACAGCAGAGAGGAGCUCAAGAGUUCAGGUGUAACUGAGGAGAGCGCGAUAGACUGCCUGGGCCGAGAGACCACCUGGACUAUCAUCCUCUACACAGAACACAGGCGUGAAAACCGAUGCUCUAACAACCGGAUGACUCAGAAAUAUGAAGGCUCAUAUGUUCAGGCAUCGGAGAGGUCUUUCUCCAUGGUGAAAGGAGGUCGAGCUAGAGAGGCAGCAGCUCUGGCCUGGGAGAGGCAGGGCGCCACUCCGGAUAAAAUAUCCUUCAAGAACUGGGCAAAGUCUGUCCUCGAAAACCCUGCUGUCGUCGAUUACAAGCUGCUUCCUCUCAUAGAUCUGGUUCAUGGAAUUCCUUGCGCUUCCACAAAGAGGAGGCACCUGAGGAAGGCCCUGCAGCAGUACAUGCAGGAGUUUGAUCCCUGCAAGUGCGCUCCCUGUCCCAACAACGCCAGGCCUGUUCUGUCCGGCACAGAGUGCAAGUGCGUUUGCCAGACUGGCACCUAUGGAGCCAACUGUGAAAUACGGGCUCCUGAUUACACUUCAGAGGCGGUGGAUGGUUUGUGGAGCUGCUGGGGGUCGUGGAGCAGCUGUGGAGCCUCCAUGAAGAGACAUCGGACGAGGCGGUGCAAUAACCCCGCCCCUCUCAAAGGAGGACAGCCCUGCAGUGGCCCAGACAGACAGGAGGAGGCCUGUCACAUCUCCAUCUUCACAAAACAGGAGACCUGUGACAAUGAUGACGACUUCACGAUAGGCUGGAGGGACGAGCUGCCACCUGGUGUGCAGGGAUGUCUGCGGCCAAAGAGCCCUGAGAACAGCUUCCUCCGGAAAGCGAAGCAGUAUUAUACCUUUGGUGAGGACGAGGAGUUUGAGUGUGUCACUGGGUUUGCUCUCGACGGUUUUCAGUACAUCAACUGCCUUCCUGAUGGAAGCUGGAGUCAAAUAAGUGGGAGAUGCAUCAGGAAGAUUUGCCUUCCCCCUGACAUCCCUGACGACACAAGUCUGUCUCCCAGCAAAGACGAGUACAGAGUGGGUGAAGUGGUGCGUUUGAACUGCAAUGAGGCGGGACUGCAGCCGCUGCCGCGAGGUUUCUACAAGUGUGGCGACAGUCUCACCUGGGAGCCCCCAAUACCUGCUGAACUGCGCUGCACUAAUGAGGAACCAUUUGUUCCUGAUGUUCAGUGUGGUCCAGGACAGGUACUGCGAAACUCUCGCUGUGUCUGUGUCCCACGGGAGAGCUGCCUUUCACAGCCGGAGAAUCUCUGCAUCCUGAACAUAGACCUCGGCGUCACAGUGUCAAUGUCGCUCUGCUCCUUCCAAGCUGGUCGUUGCCAUGGUGACCCGCUGUUCUUCGUCAGCAAAGCUGCGUGCGACGCAGGCACUUUGGACAAAUUGGAGUGGGCCAUGUUUAGGGCCAACAUGUCCUCUAAGAGCUCUGUUCAGGAGCCUUGUGAACUUGACACUUGCUAUGAGUGGGAGAUCUGCUCUGUGUUUAAGAAAUGUGAGUGCAGAGCUGUUCGGGAGUGCCCCAGAGUGAAACAGCACACGUUCUGCAUAAAGCUGACCCGGCUCCAGAGGACUCGCAGCAUGGACCUUUGCUCUAUGGCCGCGCUUAAAUGCUCAAAGUACGAGUUUGAAAUUCUCAAUGAAGGCCAAUGUGAGUCGUGAUGACGCUUUUAAAGCUUUUCUGCUGCAUUAUACUCAGCAGCACCUAACACUGAAUGUUGUGUUUAAAACUGCAUUCAGCACAUAUAGUUUUAGACCUCGUUGAGCACCACAAACAUCAAUUUAAAGACAUAAUAAACAACAACAUGGUGUGAACUUUGACAUAAAAAAAUGAUUUUCAAAAAAGAAAGAAAUAUUACACAGUUACAACUUUUAUAUCUGGUAAAAGUAAAAAAUGAAACUCCAUUUCCAGGAAAUGUUUAUGAGGUUAAGAGGUGCUUUUAAGACUUGCAUCAUCAUAACUUCCUGGUUGAAAAAUAUCUGCUUCUUCAGUUUACACAUUGAGUGAACAUGCCUGUGAGCACAAAAUUUGGGGGAAAGUUAACAACCUCUCCCAAAGGGGAGCAAUAGACUAGGCUGAAUUGCAGGUUAGAGUGAAAAACCACGGCGAGCUUCACUGAGCUCACCUUUACUUUGUUCUGAGUCGCUGUAAUGGCCUCUGAGUUGCAUGCCUCUCAUUAGCCUAUGAAUAUCAAUAGCCUCACUUUAGUGAUACUCUAUAAUGAAUGAAGCAGUUUAAAAAAAUCUGACUUAUGUGUGAAGGAGGAAGAAAGCAGCAGCAGUCUGUCAGUCAAAUCUAAUUCCAGGUAUUUUUAUCCUUGCUAAAUGUGCUUCACGUGCAAAAAUAAAAACAUAAAAUUGUAA